AUGGGUCAUGAAUGUAUCGAUGCAUCAAAGGAGUUCAAGUGGGGUGAGGACGUCAACGUUAAAAGUGAAGUGACUGAGAUUGUUCUUGUUCGUCAUGGAGAAACCACAUGGAAUGCUGCUGGAAGAAUCCAGGGACAAAUUGAAUCGGAUCUUAACGAAAUUGGACAAAAGCAGGCUGUUGCAAUCGCUGAGAGACUGGGAAAAGAGGAGAGACCCAUAGCUAUAUAUUCAUCAGACCUCAAGCGAGCCAAAGACACUGCUCUCAAGAUCGCGGAAACAUGUUUUUGUUCCAAGGUGACUGAAGUACCUGAAUUAAAAGAGAGGCAUGUGGGUAGUCUUCAAGGGCUAUAUUGGAAAGAAGGAGCAGAGAAAGAACCUGAAGCUUACUCUGCUUUCUUUUCUUCCCAAAAUGACCUCAAGAUUCCGGGAGGAGGAGAGAGCUUUGACCAACUUUGUGAGAGAUCCAUGAAUGCCCUUGUGCAAAUUGCAAAGAAGCACAAAGGAGAGAGAGUGAUAGUAGUGACUCAUGGGGGAGUUUUGAGGGCAAUUUACAUGAGCAUCACACAAGCUUCCUCUGCUGGGAAACUCCUCAAUGCUUCGGUGAAUGUUGUUCGCUUCAGUGACGAGAAAUGGAUCAUUGAUUCAUGGAGCGAUGUAUCGCAUCUCUCAUCCGUUGGAUUCCUCCAACGUGGCUUUGAUGGAGAUGCCAAGCCCUAGAGAAUAAUUACCCAUUCUGUGGAUCUCCUUCAUAAAUAAUAUUAUGUGUACUUAUUUGAUGUUUCCU